GUACACUGCACAGCAAAUAAUGGAACAUCGAUUUCUUGCAGUGGAGCCAGAAGUGGUAUUAUUAACUGCAAAUAGUGCAAAAUCUCAACUAACCCUACAAGUUGUCUUCAAAGGAAUGGAUAAAUUAUCUGUUAAAUUUGUAUUUAACGUUGAAAAAGAUACAGCGGAGCAGGUCGUUAACGAAAUGAUGGUUUUGGCCACAAUCGAGGAGAAAGUUCUUAAAAAUCAGUAUCGACAACUUGUAACUCAUGAGAUAAAUCGUAUUUUACGUGAUAUUAAUAAAUCAACAAGUGAGGACGAAUCAAAUAAAGAAGAGCACAAGACAUCAUGGCCAGCGCAAGCAAUAACUCCACCUUUUCAUGUGGGAAUGUCUCCUCACUUACAACCCCAGAGGUCUCAUGCUCCUGUUCCUUCGGGAAUGGUCCUUGAACGGGAUAGCCCAAAUAGCACGUUGUCAUCACAACAGCAAACAGUGAUAGAUCCACAAUUACAACCGCCACGGAAGAAUUCCUUUUCUGGUGGGCACGCUGCAGACUGGAAUCAAGAUUUUGAUGAUGAAAUUCCCGUUAAAGAAUAUCCAGAUAAUGCGCCAAUUGACGAAUUUGUUCGUGAAGCUGCCCUUGCAACAAAUAAGGACCCCGAAAAAGCAAAUGAAUGGUCAGAAAAACUAAAAAGUCAAGAUAUCAUGACUGUUGGCGAUUUACGAACACUAAAGGAUGAAGACUGGCAAGGUAUCGGAUUAACCGUAUUUGCCAUGCGCGCUCUAAAGAAUUCCCUACGUGGUAAGACAUUGAGAAGCCAGAAUAGUGCUACAAGCCUGUAG